AUGUUUUAGAUUAAUAUUGUGGAAUUUAACAUUAUUAUAUAGUUGUUCAUUAUUGUAGUCCAUAUUGUCUUUAAUGUUUAGAUGAAAAUACUUGUUUAUUAAUGGAUACUUAUGACACAACAAUUAUAAAAUUGGAUCAAUCUGAAUGCAGUUCAUCUUAAUAUUUAGAUUAUGAAUAUUUUAAAUGUGAAGAUUGUCCUUAAGAAUGUGAAACUUGUCUAAAUGAAUUUGAAUGUAUCACAUGCAAAAGUCCAUAUACAAUAUUUAUAAAUAAGUGUUUAAUCUAAUGUCAAAUAAAUGAAUAUUUUGAUGAGGAAGAUAAUAUUUGCAAAGGUAAAAGUUGUAAUAAAAUGUUAGAAUGUCAUCAUGUAUGCAAACAAUGCAAAUUGA